AUGAAAUGCAGUUACGUACUUCCACUGGUCUGUAGAAAGUCCGCAGGAAUGCGUCUGUAUCCCAACACCUGCACGCCAGUACACACUCGUACAACGGGAUAGAAACGAAUAGGCAACUGUCACUGCAGAAGGUAUCUUAAUAUACCGACUUAUCUGCAUGCACGGUGAGAUUCGCCAAUCUCUGCAGUCGUUCGGUACUCCAUCACACACCGUUACAUCAUUAUAGGAACAGUUUAUAGGCAGACAAUAUGGUGGUUACCAAACCUACGGGUAUGCACGACACUCACCAUCUGAUGCAGCUUCAACGGGGCUUACAAACUGGGCUUAUCAAACCUGCUGAUGUCGUCCGGCGGUAUCGGUCUAAUAUUGGUCUGCUGCAGCGCAUGGAACAGACGAAAGAACUGGUGGGCCACGCCGGGUGUGUCAACACCAUCCAGUGGAACUCUUCGGGCAAUAUGCUGCUGAGUGGGAGUGAUGACACAGAUCUCAUAGUGUGGGACUUCCCUUCGGGAAAAAUACGGCACAAAUGGGCGUCAGGUCAUGUCAACAACAUCUUCUGUGCGCAGUUUAUGGAGAGUGACAAGACUGUUGUCUCUGGCGCACGGGAUGGGCAGGUGUGGGUGCAUAGUCUGGCGGAGGGAGGCAAACGCUUACACCGAUACGAGUGCCAUACGCAGGACGUGAAAAAGAUAGCUAUGGACCCGCAAACCCCCUCAGUGUUCAUGUCCUGCAGUGAAGACGGCACCGUGCGCCUGUACGAUCUGCGAGAACACCACACGUGUGCACACACACCGUGUACGUCCAACAUAGUAGUGCAGCACAGGAGUGAGAUCAACAGUGUCUCGGUCAACCCGGUCGCACCCCAUCUGUUUGUGGUAGCGGGUGGGAGUAAG